AUGCAGAAAUUCUGGCAAUUCAUGAAGCAAGCUGAGUGUGUCUGGCUCAUAUCAAUAAUCCAACACAUUCAGAAGACAUGUGGGUUGUCCUCUCAAAUGGAGGUACCAACAAUUUUGUAUAAGGAUAAUACAGCAUGUAUAGCUCAAUUGAAGACGGGAUAUAUCAAAGGUGAUAGAACAAAACACACAUCUCUAAAGUUCUUCUUUACUCAUGAUCUUCAAGAGAAUGGUGCUAUUGAUAUUCAACAAGUUCGAUCUAGUGAUAAUCUCGCCGAUUUACUUUCGAAGGCACUACCUACAAAGAGUUUCGAGGAACUAGUCUACAAAAUUGGACUACGACGGUUCAAGGACCUCGAGUGA